AUGUCCACACCUCGGCCCGAGGACUGGGGCAACGACUCGGACAAUGAGUCCAACUCGGAAUCCGAGUCGGUCAGGCAGGUCUUUGACGAGAUUCUCAAGAAGCUCGACGGGAACCAGUUUACUCUUGAUGAUGACGGCGCACAAGCCUUCCAGAGAGAAUACGGCAGCUUCGUGAGGCGAAAGGAGGAUGGCCGCAACCUCCUACACACGCUCGCAGCUGCUCCUAUACACAAGGAGGCUCACCAGUGGCUGAUGAAGAUGUUAAUCAGGGAGCAGCCGCAGCUUAUGAAGGAAAAGGACGGCCUCAAGCGCACACCGCUCUACAUAGCCAUCACCCGCAGAAAAAAGGCAAAGUCUGUGGUCAAGACCAUGUGGGAGAUGCUGGAUGAGCUCGGCCGAGACACCUUUGACGAGCUCCUAGCCAUGAGGUUUGAGGAGAACCAGAACUGCAUCCAUGCCGCCAUACUGAAGGGCCUUUAUCCGACAGCCAUUAUACAUCUCGUUGAGGCUGCCAAGGAGGAGACACUGUGUGCUCAGGACACUAAGGGGAGAACACCGCUCCAUUUGGCCGUCGAAUAUUCGCGGUGCACCGGCGAGCAGCUGAACGUUGUCAAAACUCUCAUCGAAAUGGGGGACAAGGCACUAGACAAGUUUACCCGUGAGCCCGACAACUACUCUGUCUUCGAGUACCACAACUAUACCCGUCUAGCGCAAAGGGCCAGCGUUGAGAUCACAAAGCCCAGCGAGCCAAGACAGACGAGGCUUACGGCUGCUUCGGGCGGGGUCGGCUUGCGUGAGACCUCCGGAAUCUCGGCAGCAUCGAAGGACUCGUCGUGGCUUGUCGUCCAUAAGGAUGAGGCCAAGAAUCAGCCAAAAGCCCGAGAAUCUGACAGAACAACUGGGCACAGUGCUGCUGACAGAUCCCAUGACAAGUCCUCUCAGCCUUCGAGACCGGACUCUUCACGAACUCCUGGGACGGCGACUCCUGUCGAGCCAGCACCGGGCAUUCCGCGAAGGCAAACCGCAAGCCUGGCAAAGUUGGAACCUCGUGAAAGCGACAGUGCUAAAACCGUGACAGCUGAGACUGCCGAUGCUAUCAGAGACGAACUCAGGUUGCAUUAUCUCCGCACAACAUUCAACCACAGGAACCACGACAAGGCCGUCCGGUUUUUAUUUGGGCUGAACACAGAUCUGCAAAUUUUCUUCGACUUCUCGAAGCGACCAGAGCCGAUCCAGAAGAGCGAAUUCCUCGAAAGCUUCGAGCACAUCAAGUUCUACGAUGUUCUCCAACAUGUUUCCUUCAAUCCCAUCUACCUUUUGCCUUCAGCCCAAGUGAGGCCAAACUCUCGCUUUGCCCACGCGCUCUCGGGGAACAAAGUGGGUCGCGGACGGAACGAGUUCGAGUCCAUCGCCCAGUGGCUGAAGGGCAAGGGGGUAAAGCGAGUUUUCAAAAUCACGGUAAUCGAUGAUCCCGAGCGACCUCACAGCGAUGAAUCGAUCGAAAAAUCGCUCAAGGACUUUGACGUAGAGAUUUUGGACUGGCGCAAAACCGACCUAUGUCCAGAACUCCUGAAAAGGGCGUGCAAGAACGUAACGCGAUUGUAUCUUCAGUGGAGUGGCAACAACACGACGCUGAGGGCAUGGAGCGAGCCCGAAGGAUUGCCAGAACUGACGAAGCUGGAAGUGGUGCAUUUACAGGUCAAUGAGGGCUUGGAAUCACAAGCAAGGACAUUCGACAACAUUCAAGCCUUCGAGAAGCGGCUGCGGCAAAAGCAAAAAGACAUCCGUGUCUUCCUCAACAGUGAUGGUGAUGGAGGAUUCGAACGGCUCGUCACGCCGAGUGAACAAAGAGCUGCACUGGUGGGCACGAUGGGCCGCGACUUGCAAUCUCACAGGUGGCUCGACUGCAUGAAUGCCUUUGCCGAUCUGAUCCAAAACGUGGAGCUUCGCACAGACGAGCCAGAGCUCAAGGACCCCAUCAUCGUUGCCCUGAUAGACGACGGCGUCAACAACUGCCAUCCCGCUCUCCGGAGCAAGAUUCACGGCGGGGUGUCGUUCCACCGGGGGCUCGGGGACAACAUGCCUGUCCCCUACUACGUCACAAGCACCGGUCAUGGCACCGUCAUGGCCACCAUGAUAACGCGAAUCUGCCCAACGGCAAAGCUACAAGUCCUGAAGCUCGACACGUACCAGUCAGAAGACGGCGUCCCUCAAAUCACGGCCAAGAGCGCGGCGCAGGCCGUCGAGGCCGCCGUGGCGCGCAAAGUGCACAUCAUCUCCAUGUCGUGGACCAUCCAGGAGACGCCCGAAAACGGCGACGACAUCCGGCGGCUCGACAAGGCGCUGCGCACUGCCUACGACAACAACAUCAUCAUGUUCUGCUCGGCCAGCGACCGGGGCGCGCAUCCGGACCUCGACUACCCGGCGCGCUUCAACGUCAAGAACAUUUUCCGCAUCGGAGCCGCCACGGCCGACGGACGCGUGUGGCCCAUGGCCGGCGAUCCCAUCAACAUGGACUUCAUCCUGCCCGGGCACAACGUCUUUGACCGGCGGGGGUCGUACCUGGAUAGCAACCUGCUCGAGAACUUCCAGCCGCGGACGGGCUCCUCGGUGGCGACGGCGCUGGCGGCCGGGCUUGCUGCGCUCGUCAUGCACUGCGCCCGCGUGGCCGCCAUUCACACGAAAAACCAAGGGUGGGCGGACAGCACCACGGCCCGAGCCGGCGUGUCGCUGGAGCGCUACCUCAAGCUGAGGAGCCACGAGGCCAUGCGGGCCGCUCUCAAGGGGAUAGGGACCAGUGAUGAGGGCCAGCACAAGUUCAUCGAGGUUUGGAACAAGUUUGACCAUGCGACUGAGAAACUGAGAAAGGCCGCCAUCCCGGAGGAGAAGUUGGAGUAUUUGGCUGCGGUUCUGGGACCGGGUUUGCUUGCGCCUUUGGACCCUUGA